CAUGGAAGUUGGUAUGUCCAAGUCCUACAUGCGGCGCAGCUCCGCUUAAAGUAGAUCACUCCCGAGACACUGGUGAAACACACAUAGCGGGUCCGCUCCCAUCAGCAUGUUGAUCUUCCCAUUUCGAUAUCGAGCCUCUGCCUUUCUGCGGCACGGUCAAGGCCAUCGACAUAGAUUAAGAACGUCGAUGGCGCAGGCAAAAAACCGUCACGACCUUGGAGAACAGAACCUGGAUAGGAGGCUCCGUACAAUUCGACGUACACCUCCUUCCACCCCAUCUAUGGAGCACAUACAGGGUAACGGCUCGAUAGCUGAUCAAAGCUCAGCUAUGGAAGGUAGCUCAACAUGGGCGCAUAACGCAUCCAAUUAUUCACUUGCGGACGUCGAACAUCCAGUGACCUUCUCUCACGCCGGGGCAGACACCGAGAAUGUUCAACCAGAUUACAGCGCUACAUGUGCCAGCGCUAUAGCUUUGCAGGCCGCGACAGGCUACCACCAGGCAGCGCAGUAUGUGCAGCGGUAGCGGAGACAGGCGUGAGACUGAAAUGUUAGCAGCAAUGCCUAUCCUACGGCAACCUACCCGGUACUAGGCCCAUCGCUACCCAGAGUGCCCCAGAC